AUGCCAGACUUGGGAAAUCUCUUGAACUCUUCAUCUCUAAUCCUCUCUAGCUGCUCUAAUCUCAAAGCAGUGGUCAAUGAACAAUCUGAUUCAGUUAAAACCCUAGGUACAGACCACAGUUGGAGUUGCAAUUGGGAACAAAAGUUCCUGUUCCCGAUAAGGCAUAAAGAAAAUUUGAAUAGCAAUGGCGGUAAAGUUAGGGUUCUGAGGAAAUGCAAAAAAUCAGUUAGAAAUAAGAGUUUGGAUUCUUAUGUCAAGGCUUGGGUUGCCAUGAAGAUUGAGUCUGGCGUGCCCCAACUGAAGUGUUUCUUGCCGUUUCUUGUCAAAGCGCCCAGAUUGGUAAAUUCCUGGUUCUCUAAUUGUUUACUGAACGACUAG